UAAAAUAGACUUAUGUCUAGUUAAAGCGAGGAGAGCGAUGUAUAAGAUGAUAUCAUCCAUGACUACACUAGUAAUUAUACUAGUGAAAAGUCAAGUCAGCAUCCUUAUUAGGAGUCCCAUGAUGAUGUUUAUGAAAAAGUGCAAUAUGUUGAAGGUAUACUUAAAAGUGGUAUUUGGUAUUUUCUAGUAAAUAUUGUUCGUAAGUCAGAAGAAAAUGAUUCGCAUUAGUAAUCCCCUUCAAUUCAAUCGGUUUCUUCAGCAGAGCCUCCCAAAACUGCUGAAGAUGAAGAAACUGUUAAAUCUUGCAUGGAGUAGGCAUCAAAAAUAAACGAAAAACUAAUGUACUAAAGGAAGUAACUUAAGGAUCAAUUCAAAGAGUUUUAGAACGUAAUUGUUUUAAAGAUGAAUUUAAGACUAUGAAUGCUGCAAGAAGUAACUUAAAAGAUUUUGAUAUGCCAUAUCAAACUGCGCAUUUCCCUUUAUAUUUAAAGACCUAAGAGAAAUUUGUGAUUUUGCCAGCACAAAAUCUCAAUAUCAGGAAAGGGACAUUGGAAUCAUUUAUCAAGACGAAUUUGGAAAAUGAAAACUCUGUGAAGAAGGCAGAAUAGGACAAAAGAGUGGCAUUUAAAUAACGUAGGCCAUACUAGAAAAGAAAAUUCGACUCUUGAUUAUGAUGAAGCAUUAUAUUUUCUUCCUUGUUUACAAAAGUAACAUCCAUUUAUAAAAUUAUUU